UGUCUUGUUGCUUAGUUUGGUCGAAAAGUGUGGGCUAGCAUUAUCAAACGUUUGCGGUGACACGCUGCUCUGCGUGGAAAUAAAGUUGCCCCACAACGGAUUAGACAUUUGGUGUUUUAGAAAGCAAGUUCUUUUUAAGUUUUAUAUGUAGCCGCAGAAAUUUGUUGCCAACAUUGUUAACACUUGCUUCAUGAAGUUCGUUAAUUUCUCAUAAGAGUAGCAUAAAGUAUUAUUUGGGGGGGUUUGUAGGUGGCGAUCCCGCACUCGGUGCAGGAGCCCAAGAUAAUCAUGGAGAGGACAUUUGGACGAGUUCCUUCUAGAUCAGUGUAUAAGUGGAUUCUUGUCUUAUUCGUUGCACUUUUUCAAGUUUCACAAAUAAAAGCGCAAUACCGAGAGAGGUAUGAUACUCGAUAUGAAAGUCACAGCAGAGGGAGUCCUGUGGUGUGUGGAAAUUGCACAGUGUCAGGAUGUAAAUGUAUAGGAGAGAAAGGAUCUCGGGGACCUCCUGGCCCAGUAGGACCUAUAGGAGAACGUGGUCUACAAGGGUUUCCUGGAAUGGAAGGGCUCCCAGGGGAAAAGGGUGAUAAGGGUGAUGUAGGACCUCCAGGACCACGAGGUCCAAAGGGAGACAGAGGGAAAAUGGGAAUGCCAGGCUUCCCAGGAAUCAACGGAAUUCCAGGUUUACCUGGAUCAAAUGGUCCUAGGGGUCUACCUGGAUUAAAUGGCUGUAAUGGAACAGAUGGUUUACCAGGUUCAGCAGGAGCACAAGGAAAACCUGGACCCAGAGGAAUUUCAGGAUCACCUGGACCCAAAGGACUGAAGGGAGAACCUGCUAUUGGCCCACCAGGGCUAAAAGGACAGAAGGGUGAACCUGGUAGAGAUGGAAUAGAAGGACCCCCGGGACCUCCAGGGUAUGAUGGCAUACAAGGACUUCCAGGUGAUCCAGGGCCCCCUGGUUUAAGGGGUAUCAAAGGUGAUUUAGGCCAACCUGGAAUGAAAGGAAAUAUGGGCGUAGGUUUUCAAGGAAUGAAAGGACAACCAGGAAGUAGAGGGUUUCCUGGUCCACCAGGGCCAGCUGGCGAGUGUGAUAAUUCAUACUUAGAGGGGAGAAACCACACAAGUACUGGGCCUCCAGGACUUCCUGGAGAUGUAGGGAUGAAGGGAGAAAGAGGAGAGAGUGGUGACCCAGGCUUUGAUGGAAUUCCAGGACCACAGGGUAAGACAGGAGACAUUGGAAUGAAAGGAGAGAAGGGUUUAUUUGGACAACCUGGACCAAGGGGUAAAGAAGGAUUUCCUGGCUCUACUGGACCAGCUGGUUAUAAGGGAGAUCGAGGAGAAAGUGGACUUUCUGGGUUAAAUGGGCUUCCUGGGAUGAAAGGUGACCCUGGUAGACCAGGAGAACAAGGUUUAAGAGGUUUACGUGGCCCACCUGGACUUCCUGGAGGAGGAGAAGGAAUAGCAGGACCCCCUGGACCUCCUGGACCUAGAGGUCCAAGAGGACCUCCUGGUUAUCCUGGGACAGAUGGCAUACCAGGAGAAGUAGGGUCUCGUGGACCUCCUGGUCUUCCUGGUGGUGCUGGACUACCUGGAAACCCAGGGAGAGAAGGUUUAUCAGGUGAAAAGGGCGAGAAAGGUGAUCGUGGACUUGAUGGUCUUGAUGGACUCCAAGGUGCACCAGGUAUUCCUGGAAUAUCUGGACCAAAAGGAGAACCAGGACCAAGAGGAAGCUCAGGACAAACCAUCCCAGGAGCAAAAGGUCUAGAUGGAAGUCCAGGAUUAUCUGGAAUUCCUGGACAGAAAGGAGAAAAGGGUAUCAAAGGAGAGAGAGGUCCAGCUGGUGAUUCAGUGGAAGGUAUACCAGGUCGUCCUGGACCUGAAGGACGAAAAGGUGAACGAGGUUUUACAGGUAUUUCAGGUCAACCUGGUCUACCUGGUGUUCCAGGGGUAAAAGGUGAAAGAGGAGGAAGUUGCUUACAAUGUAUCCCAGGUUCAAAAGGCGAAAAGGGUGAGAGAGGUGUGGAUGGACCUACUGGUUUACAGGGUCCACGAGGUGAGACUGGACCACCUGGACUAUCUGGAGAGAAAGGAGAUGAUGGAUUACCUGGUGCAUUUGGACCUCCUGGUGAUGAGGGAAGACCUGGUACUCCAGGAAGGGAUGGGGGGAAGGGUGUUAAGGGAGAACCUGCCAUUGUUAGACCUGGUGAAUAUCUUGGUCCAAAAGGUGAUAGAGGUGAACGUGGACCACCAGGACCUGGAGGAUUUCCUGGACUAGAUGGCCAACCUGGACCUCCUGGACCACCUGGUCAGCAAGGUAUACCUGGGGUGAAAGGAGAAAAGGGCUCACCAGGCUUCGUUGGACCUCCUGGAAGACCUGGAGCUGUGGGUCCAGCUGGUAAUCUUGGCAUGAAAGGUGAACCUGGAAUUGGACGACCUGGUCUUCCUGGAGAUAAGGGAGAGCUAGGAGAACCUGGAAGACCUGGACGUAGAGGACCCAGAGGUUUAAAAGGAGAGCAAGGAGAACUACCAACACCUGCAAACAUCACUCACCUUCCAGGACCUCAAGGUAUACAAGGAGACAUUGGUUUUGACGGACCAAAAGGUGAACCUGGUCCACGAGGACCACCAGGAGAGGAUGGUAUUCCUGGACUAGAAGGUUUAUCUGGAAUAGACGGGCUACCUGGGGAACCCGGACCUAGAGGACUGACAGGACCACGUGGAGAUAAAGGAAGCAAAGGACCAAUGGGUUUUCCUGGAGAGCCAGGGCCUCCUGGUCCAACAGGAUUCCCUGGGGCACCAGGCCUUCCUGGACUUCAAGGGGACAAAGGUUUCCCUGGAACUGGACCACCUGGUCAGCCUGGUAUACAAGGUCCUCCUGGUCCAAAGGGAGAACGAGGUUUGCCUGGUGCACUAGGACCUAAAGGUGACCGAGGACUACCAGGAAUUCCUGGUGUCAAGGGCAGUUCUGGAGCACCAGGAUUGAAUGGUCUAGAUGGAUUUAAAGGAGAUAAAGGAGAACCAGCUAGAGAGGGACAGCCAGGCCCACCAGGACCUCCUGGUCCACCUGGUCAAGAUGGAUUGAAAGGUGAAAGAGGAUACCCUGGAGAAUCUGGACCACCUGGUCCAACUGGACCUCCAGGGUUGCGAGGGGAUAAAGGAGAAUCUGGACUUCCAGGACUCCCUGGGAUUGAUGGAAAACCUGGACAACCUGGUUUGCCUGGAAGAGAUGGGUAUGAUGGAUUUCCUGGAGCAAAAGGUGAAAAGGGUUUUCCAGGAAAUGUUGGUUUUCCUGGCAUACCGGGAAAGCCAGGAGAAGAUGGUCUUCCUGGUAUUCCUGGAUCUAAAGGGGAUAGAGGAAUAGAUGGUGCACCUGGUAGAGAAGGUCCUCCUGGUGUACCAGGAGAAAAAGGACAAAGAGGAUUUCCAGGAAUUCCUGGUAAUAAGGGUCAACCUGGACCUGUGUCAGCUAAAGGAGUGAAAGGUGAACCAGGAAUACCUGGUUUAAGUGGACCACCAGGAAACUCAGGCUUACCAGGUCUAGAUGGAUUACCUGGUGAAAAAGGUGAUAAAGGUUUACCUGGUAGAGGCCUUCCUGGACCACCUGGACUUAAAGGUGAUAGAGGUCUACAAGGACCACCAGGCUAUCCUGGACAACCUGGUGACAAAGGUGCUGAUGGUUUACCUGGAUUCAAUGGCAUGAAGGGAGAAAAGGGACAAACUGGAGACCCUGGACCACCUGGAACCUCUGGUCUAGAUGGACUAAAUGGGGCACCUGGAGAAAAAGGAAAUGAUGGAAUACCAGGAAUACCAGGAGAAAAGGGUCAACUGGGAGAACGUGGGUUUAGAGGUUUUCCAGGACCCAAGGGAGAUAUUGGUCUUUCAGGCAGGCCUGGUCUCCCAGGGUUUGAUGGUUUGAAAGGUGCAAAAGGAAUAUCAGGCAUACCUGGACAGCCAGGUGAGAGAGGUGAAAAGGGUCAAAAAGGAGAAUUAGGGCCACAAGGAGCUAUAGGACCUCCUGGAAUAAAGGGUGAAAGGGGAUUUGAUGGAAUUCCUGGACUACCAGGAGAGAAAGGAGAUCGAGGACCACAUGGCUUUGAUGGAAGACCAGGGAAUAAUGGCUUGCAAGGGGCUAUAGGUGAACCUGGGCCUGUUGGACCUCCUGGAGCUCCUGGACGUCCUGGAAUAGGAGAGAAAGGAGAACCUGGAAAUCCAGGUCGACCAGGAUUAGAUGGAAUUAAUGGUGAACCUGGUGCAAAAGGAGACAGAGGAUUCCAAGGUCGUGAUGGAGCACGGGGACCAGCAGGAGAUCCUGGACCUCCUGGACUUGCUGGACUAAAGGGUGACAAAGGGUUUUCAGGUAGACCUGGACUUCCAGGACAAGGACUUCCUGGACCAAAAGGUGAUGAUGGUCUCCCAGGUAUCCCAGGACCUAAUGGUGAACGAGGACUUCCCGGGCUGCCAGGUCCAAUUGGAGAGAAAGGGUUGCCCGGCCUACCAGGUCGAAAUGGACUACCUGGACUUGAUGGAUUUAAAGGUGACAAAGGUGAAGCUGGUAUUCCUGGGGAACCAGGAAUUGUUGGUGCCAAGGGAGAACGUGGUUAUAGAGGUCCUCCUGGUCCUUCUGGACCACCAGGUAUAACUGGUAAUAGAGGACCAAAAGGAGACAAGGGUUCUGUACCACCUAUCAACUUGUAUCGAGGAGAAAAGGGAAAUCCAGGGUUACCUGGAGAAAAAGGAGAUAUUGGUCAAAAGGGAGAACCAGGCCUAAGAGGACCUCCAGGAUUUCCAGGUCGUGCAGGACAACCAGGAAGUAGAGGACCUUCAGGUUUACCUGGACUAGAUGGCCCUCAAGGGUUAAAAGGUGUUGAUGGUUUCCCAGGUAUACCAGGUCCACCUGGUAUUCCUGGUUCAAUUGGCCUUCCAGGUCCACCAGGACAACCAGGUCUGCCAGGAAGUGAUUAUCUAAUGGGUAUCCUGUUGGUACGACACAGCCAAUCUUCCACUUUACCUCAGUGUCCACAGGGUAUGCAACAUAUGUGGAAUGGAUACAGUUUGCUUUACAUUGAAGGCAAUGAAAAAGCCCAUCAUCAAGAUCUAGGCUAUGCUGGCUCUUGUCUUCGACGCUUCAGUACAAUGCCUUUCCUAUUUUGUGACUUCAACAGUGUUUGCAAUUAUGCUAGCCGAAAUGAUAAAUCUUAUUGGCUCUCCACUAUUGCUCCCAUUCCAAUGAUGCCUGUUGGAGAAGAAACCAUUCGACAGUACAUUAGUCGCUGUGUUGUCUGUGAGGCCCCUGCUAAUGUUAUUGCUGUCCACAGUCAAUCUCUUAGUAUUCCUGACUGCCCAACAGAUUGGAGUGUGCUUUGGAUAGGCUACAGUUUUGCAAUGCACACAGCAGCAGGUGCUGAAGGAGGUGGUCAGUCUUUGUCUAGUCCUGGUAGCUGUCUGGAAGACUUCAGAGCCACACCAUUCAUUGAGUGCAAUGGUGCUCGUGGCACUUGUCAUUAUUUUGCUAACAAGUACAGUUUCUGGUUGACAACUAUUGAACAACAAGCCCAGUUUGAGCGACCUGCUAGUGAAACCCUUAAGGCUGGUAAUCUCAGGUCUCGCAUCAGUAGGUGUGCUGUUUGCCUUAAGAAUACAAGUUUUCGUUCCUCACCGUGAAGGAACUUUAAAUUUUAUGUAUGAAUUAUAAGACAUUGUUCUAUGAUAAAGAUACUGCUUUAGAGGAAGAGGGGUAAAGGCUGACAAUUUUAUUUUCUAAUUAUGCCAUGUUUUCCUCAAAAGCUUCCAUAAAUAUAUAGAUUAUUCCCUGUUUUUAUCCAGUUGUGUGUUCAUAAGAUUAUCUCAGUGCAAAAGCCAAAUAUAUAUAUAUGUGUAUGUGUUUGAAAGUAAUCACAAAAUUAUACAUAGUGUAAUGUGCUUGCUUACCUGUUCCUUGUUAGCCUUACUUCUUUUUUAUCAAAGAUUUAUGCAUUGAAAAUGACCAAUGUAUAGUGCUUGUGUUAAGAAAAAUUCAUUUAUUUACCUUAAUUUUUUUAUACUUUUAGAGUACCACGUUUAAAGGACCUUGUAUUGAUCAUGCAUCUGGUUUUUAUUUUUUUACUUGUGCCUAUGGUACUGGACGUUAUUUCAUAGAAUAUUAAGAAAUCUUAGAAUUUUCUCAUUGUAGUGAAAUUGUUUCCAGGCUUGCAUCCUGAACAUCGGAAACUUUUUUAUUUUUAAUAUCACAGUACCAUUGUUCAGUAACUAUGAAAAUAUUAGUGCCUUAUGUAAAAACAUAUAAUAUGUAUGCUUAUACCAGCGUUAUCAUGUAAAAGAUAGCAAUAGCAACAGAGAAGGCUUAACUGUUAAAAAGUAAGAUGUUUUAUUGGUACUUAUAAAAAAGCAUCAACUCCUUAGCAGCAUUUUGUAUUUCAAUCAUUCAAACCUACAAUUGCAUUUAUCUUGCCAAGUUUCUUUAGAAUGAACAAGCAAACACUGCCAAAAUCUGUGAAAAAUUAUUUUUUUUGUAAUGAAGAAUCUUAAAUAAAACAUAUAUCUUUCAAUAUAUUGUGGUUUUUGCAGAGAAACUUUGAAAUUUUAACUCAUUAGAUUAUUUAAUUCUUUAAUGAUUGUAUUAAUUCUAUGGGAAUAAGAUACUUUUAAGCUUAUUGACAUUUGUGUAAUGACAUAAAAACAGUAACCAGUAAAGUGAAAGUAACUUAAUCCUGUUUAUACCGUAGUGGAAAUUUCAUCACAAAAUAUCAGCUUAGUUUAGUGAUAAACUGUAUUCUUUAAUUGUUAGAGCUUGCAGUACAUGUUCCUGGUUUAUUCAAAGUAUUUUAAUUCAUGUCCUGGCAUUAUAAGACUGCUUAACAAAUUGAGUCACAAAGGAUAAAAGAUUAUAAAGCUAUCACAUAAAAAGAUUCAUCACUAAAUAUUAUAACUGUUUUUUCAUUAUUAGCUAUUAUAACUCAAUAGAUAUUUAAAUAGUUAUUUUUUGUUCAAUUUUGUCAUGUAUUUGUAUAAGCCUUACUCCUGCAAACUCUUCUCUAGUAAAAUGUGAAUGAUUUGUUUGCUUCUUUUUUUAAUGAUGUAUCACUGCCACCUGCUGAGAAAAUAAUGAGUGUUUCAUAUUAAGUAUUUUAAUUAAUUAAUUUACAAUUCAUUCUAACACUGCCAUGAUUUCAUUACUUGUAUGGUGUGCUCCACUGUUUUCCUAGUCUAAACAUUUUAUAACGAGAUUGAAUACUUUAAGAAACUUUUUAACACAGUCAUUUGUUUUAAACCUGCUUGACAAAGCUAAUAAAGAAUAGAUUUGAUUAUAUUAGCAAAAUAA